AUGUCCGCCAGCUGCCGGCGGCUGCGGUGUCGCGAUCAGGUGCGGAGACCCCGGCCGCGCACGCGCAGUCCAGGCGCUGGGGACACCGAGGGUCCCCGGGGAGCCGCCCUGGCAGCUGCCGGGCUGCCCCUUUCUCGAACCUUCGCUCGGCCCCGCGUCCGGACGCGCGACGGGUGCCAAAGCCAAUGGCGGACGCCUGGAAACGGAUACAACGGCGGCCAACCGAGGAGGGGGCGGGACGUACCUGGCGACGGGGGCGGGAGCGCGCAGGCGCAGAGGGCAGGCACCUGUGCGGCCGCGACCCCGCCCUCGGCGCACCUGGGCCCCGCCCCUGCCAGCCUGCGCGGCGUGGGCCGGGCCAGGCCGGGGCCCGGGGCGCGGGCGCGAGGGCCGGGGGGCAGCCCUGGGGGGCUGCAGAAGCGGCACGCCCGGGUCACCGUCAAGUACGACCGGCGGGAGCUGCAGCGGCGGCUGGACGUGGAGAAGUGGAUCGACGGGCGCUUGGAGGAGCUCUAUCGCGGCCGGGAGGCCGACAUGCCAGAUGAAGUCAACAUCGAUGACUUGCUGGAACUGGAGCAUGAAGAGGAUAGGAGCCGGAAAAUCCAGGGAUUGCUGAAGUCCUGCAAGAACCCCACAGAGGACUUCGUCCAGGAGCUGCUGGGGAAACUGCGCGGACUCCACAAGCAGCGGGGCCUCGGGGGCCACCCCAGCCCCUCGGACGACUCGGACGCCCGCAGCCUGAGCCCGCACCCCGACCGCGCCCGGCCCGCGCCGCCCUGACCCCGCCGCGCGGGGUCUGUAGACCUUGUAUAUAACGGUUCUGCCACCGCACCCCGCCUGGCUCUUUUCCUCUUGCCGGCUCCCGCGGGCUCCCCCGAGGCACCCCCCUGCUCCCCGCCGCCCCCCUGCAGGGGCCCUGGUGUCCCAGCACCCACAGCUGGCCCCGCCAGAUGGACAGCCGCUCCUCGCCAGCCAGAGAGCAUGAGAACAGCCCCUGAUGACCUGGCGCCUGGACUCACAUCCUGUCCUCCCUGCCCCUGCGGACCCUGAGUGGGGGCGGGGUUCCUGACCCUGCUCGGUCCCUGGGCCAGGGAGAGGACGCAUGCUCUCAUACCUAUGACCUCUCAACACUACUAAACCGUUCGCCCACUCCUGGAA